UGUUCAAAUUUCAGUUUAGUUUGAUAACGGCGUAAGUUCAGAACGUAUGCGUAUGUGGUGUGCGUAAAUUUUUCUCCAAAAGCUAAUUGGAAUAUUUUCUUUCCCUUAUUGGCACUGCGCAAUGGUUGUUCUGUACUGAUACUAUCGUUUUUAUUUAUUUGUAUAAUGGUAAAUCCUGUCGAUAUGUCAGAAAAUAGCAAAUUUGCCCUUCCUGUAAGCAGUGAUGGCGAAGCGAAUGUUCUGUCAAUGAUAUACAGAUUUUUUAAAAAGGUGACAAUUGUAGGUGCUGUUUACUUAGUUGGAUAUAUGCAAUGGAGUGUUGCUUGGUUGUUUUGUCCAGUCAUCCUGUCAGUUCUCCGGGAUCAGUGGCGUAAAGAAAAUGAGUACAGGCGGAACAUAGCCAAGGUUGCUGCAGUAUCAUCUGAAAGAGAUGUUGUCCUAGCUAGGCUGGAUGAUCUGCCAGCUUGGGUAUUUUUUCCCGAUGUGGAACGCGCAGAGUGGCUUAAUCGGAUACUCCUUCAAGUGUGGCCGAAUGUAAAUCACUACGCCCGAACAAUUCUCAAGGAAUCAAUUGAACCAGCUGUUGCUGAAAGCCUGGCUAAUUACAAGUUACAAGGAUUUAAAUUUGAGAGAAUGAUUCUUGGCACUAUCGCACCAAGAGUCGGCGGUGUUAAAGUCUACGAUAAGAAUCUCUCUAGAAAUGAAAUCAUAAUGGAUGUUGACUUAUUUUACGCUGGCGACUGCGAUAUCUCAUUCGUACUGCAACGGGUCAGAGGAGGAAUCAAAGACUUACAGAUCCACGGAAUGCUGCGUGUAGUUAUGAAGCCUCUAAUCUCCAAGAUGCCCCUGGUCGGUGGUCUUCAAGUCUUCUUUCUGAAUAACCCCCGGCUUGACUUCAACCUUGUUGGCGCCGCGGAUGUCUUCGAUAUGCCUGGGUUUAGCGACAUACUUCGUCGAUGCAUCGUGGAACAAGUUGCACGGAUGAUGGUGCUGCCGAACAAGUUACCUAUCAAACUCAGCGAUGAAAUACCUACUGUAGAUCUGCGUAUGCCAGAACCGGAGGGAGUACUUCGAAUUCACCUAGUUCAAGCUCAGAAUCUCAUGAAAAAGGAUGUUUCUAUGUUAGGUAAGGGUAAGUCGGAUCCGUAUGCGAUCAUCACAGUGGGAGCGCAGCAAUGGAAGACGAAACAUAUCGAUAACGACGUUAACCCCCGCUGGGAGUACUGGUGCGAGGCCCUUAUAAGCUCGAGAAAGAAUCAGGUGCUCCAGUGCGAUGUGUGGGAUUGGGACCCGGGGAUGGGCAUACAGAACGAUGAUUACCUCGGCAGGUGUUCUCUUGAUAUAUCUCAAGUUGUUCGCGCCGGCCGUCUUGAUACAUGGCAAACAUUGCAACAAGCGAAGCACGGCAAAGUCCAUUUGCGUUUGUCCUGGCAUCGGCUGUCAUCAGACACGGCGGAUCUUAAAAAUGCUCUUAUUGAGACCCAACUCGUGAAGAAUGCUGAGUUGAGCGCAGCAGUUCUGUCUGUCUACAUCGACUCCUGCAGAAACUUACCGAAUGCGCGUCCGCAGUCGAAGCCUGAUCCAUACCUGCAAAUAACGGUUGGCAAGAAAACAGAAAACACAGCAGUGCAGAUGAGAACUGACAACCCGGUCUACGAGAUCGGCCACUCUUUCUUGGUGCAGAACCCCGAAAUCGACAUGCUCGAUAUUAAGGUUUUGGACCAGAAAACAGGAAGCACCUUGGGCCAACUCACAUACACGAUAGUGUCUCUGCUGAGGCAGGCCGGCCUCACCAUGGUCAACCAGCCCAUCAGCCUGCAGAAGUCUGGACCAGAAUCUAAGAUUAUAUUAGCGUUGCAACUUAAGCUACUGAAAGAAGCGAUCAAGGAGGAGGAUUAUGAAGAGGACGAUAAGCCUCCGACGCCUACGGUGGUGACUCCCCCCGCCCCCGCCGCGCCGGAGAAAGUAAUCCCCGCCCCAGAGAGUGUCACCGUCGCACCCGCGGCGCCCGAAACUACUGACGGGGCCUCAUCACCUAUUGUUGGAACAGUUGAACCGGAUGCUAAGAAUUUAAAUGGAAAUCCUGAGAAAAUUUCCGAGAAACCAGUUCCUGUCGAACAAAUAAUUAAGCAAGUUGAUACCCCGCAUGAAAGCCAGAAGUCUCCAGUUGAACGUGAAUCUCCUAAACUUGUUCAUAGAACUUCUUCAUUAACAACAUCGGCUGGUGAAGCAGGCUUGGGUCGCAUUCUAUUAUCACUACGCUAUAGUAUGCAGAACCAAACUCUAUACGUCGUCGUACAUAAAAUCAUGAACAUACCGCUCAAGGACCCAACGAACGUGCCGGACCCAUAUGUCAAGUUGUACUUACUUCCCGGACGUUCCAAGGAUUCCAAACGCAAAACUUUGGUAGCGAAGGACAGCUGCAACCCGGAGUACGACGACCAGUUCGAGUGGGUGAUCCCCUUAGCGGAGCUGCACUCCCGACACAUUGAGGUGACCGUCGCCACUCACAAGGGCUUCCUGGGCGGCAGUCCCGUCAUUGGACAGGUUUUCAUUCAUCUCAACCAAUAUGAUUUUCGGGAGGCGACGACGAUGUGGUUCGACUUGAUGCCGGAAACGUCGCCAAGAGAUUAAACGUCCUAGCUGCCAAUAUAUAAAGUAUAUAUUGCUUUGGCUACUAAUAAUAAUUAUCGCUGUUUCAUAGUCUUGUUUACAUUUUGCACUUUUGAUUGUUUUAGAGUAUAUUAAAUAUAUUUUAUAAUUGUUACAAAAAGUAACCCGCAUAUCUAGUCACGGAGUUUAUAUUGUUCAUAUUUUAUACAAAAUUGCAUUUAAAAGACAUGUCCUUAUGAUCUAUUUAUGUAUAACACUGAUAAACCUACAACUGAACCAUAUUUUUUGAUAUGCACUUAUUUUUAUAUUUCGUUUUUACUUAUGUUAUAUGCAAUAGUAUAAGAGUAAUUUUAAUAAUGCUUUAGUGUAUGAUUUUAAUAUGAAUCUAAAUAAAAAUGUUCGCUUAAA